CCGGCGACUUAUUGUUAGCUAAUUUGUUUACCUUUUAUUCCGUGGAAUUUGGAAACCUUAAAUAUGGAAAUAACGCUGGCCCUGAUAAAGCCGCACGUGCUGCGGAAUACCUACGCGAUGCAGCAAAUCCGGGCGUUAAUCUCCAAAGACUUUACGAUUCUCGACCAAAAGGAGGUUUGCAUUACGAAAGAACUCUCGGAAAGAUUCUACGCGGAGCACAAGGGCAAAUUCUUUUACCACCGACUAACUAGCUUUAUGAACAGUGGUCCGUGUUACGCCUUAAUUCUUCAAUCGGAAGCCUGCAUCCAGAAGUGGCGAAGUCUUUUAGGACCCACCAAAGUUUUUCGUGCCGUGUAUAGUGAUCCAAAUUGCAUAAGAGCCUUGUACGGAUUAUCCGACACCCGGAAUGCCUGCCACGGAUCCGAUAGCGAAGCAUCUGCCCUUCGAGAAAUUGGCAUCCUGUUUCCGGAGUUCAACGCUGAUCUUCUCAAUCGCCAGGAGAAAAAGGAGACGUAGCCAAGAUAGUCAGAACUUGUUUCAUAGCAUUUUUAAGUAUAAGCAAUUCUUGUCUAUACACAUUUAAAUUUAUAAGAUUUCAAUGAGCUUCUUAAAAUGCCUGAAUGUUAUAUUUUUUAAGCGGAAUAGAAAACUGUUGAUUUAUUUUAGAAUUUGAGUAAUGUAAGAUUUUACCAUUACAAUAAAAAUUAAUGAAAUUAUA